UCGGAGGCCAUAAAAUGAAUUCCGACUCCAGCCCGAGCAGCAGAGCCUCAUCCCCGGACAUGGAUGCCAUGUUCCUCCGAGAGCACCUCCCCAGCCACCACUUCCACCACCUGCACCCGCACUUCAGCCACCUGCACCAGCACCAGCACCAGCACCACCACCCGGUCUCCUCGUCCACGCAGGCCGGCAAGAUGUCCGAGUCCAAAUCGGCCUCGUCCUCGUCGUCGGUAGAGAGCAGCAGCAGCAGCGGCGGCGGCGGCGGCGGCGGCGGCGGCAACAACAAGUUGAAGCUGAAGAAGCAGGUGACCGAGGAGGAGAUGUACCAGCUGCGGCUCAAGAUCAACGGCCGCGAGCGCAAACGCAUGCACGACCUCAACCUGGCCAUGGACGGCCUGCGCGAAGUCAUGCCCUACGCGCACGGGCCGUCCGUGCGCAAACUGUCCAAGAUCGCCACGCUGCUGCUGGCCCGCAACUACAUCCUCAUGCUCAACAGCUCGCUGGACGAGAUGAAGCGGCUGGUGGGGGAGAUCUACGGCGGCCAGCACUCGGCCUUCCACUGCGGCGGCGGCGGCGCCGCGGCGCACCCGGGGGGCUCGCCGCCGGCGCAGCUGGGCUCCGGGUUCCAGCACUGGGCCGGCUUGCCCUGUCCCUGCGCCAUCUGCCAGGUGCCGCCCCCCGGUGCCGUCGCCGCUCCCGCUCCCGCCGCCGCUCCUCCUCCGCCGCCGCCGCCCCCCCACAUCCCCAUCACCUCCUCCGGCCUGACGAGACUGACGGGGGAGGCCAAGGACGCCAUGAAAUGA